AUGAAUUUUAAGCUGAAUCUCAACUUGAAUACUUCAGCAAAUCAGGCUAAAAAGCCUGCACCAUUACCUGGUUCGACUGGUGAAAACAAGGCUCCUAAGAAACUAGCAAUCUUUUCUGCAGCUAUGGAAGAGGAAGAAAGUGUAGAUGCUCCAAUGUCUCAUAGAGACCUAGUAAAUAUGCAGAUAUUAGAUGCUUCAAAGAGACAAGAGCGCCAAGCCUUGAAGCUACAAGCCCAGGCCAUUGCUGAUGGAGUUGAUUACGACAUUGACACUCAUCUUAAGGAUGAAAAAGAUGAGCCAGAUGAGGUACAACUACCUCAAAAGCAAACAAUGCAAGGCAAAAGUAAAUACCUCGGCCAAUUAUUAAAAGCAAGAGAACGGCGUGAAAGAGACAAAUUCAUGGCAACUGAAAAAGUAGAGAAGAAGGAAAGAGUUCGAGAGGAGGGAGAAUUCGGAGACAAAGAAAAGUUUAUCACAGAAUCAUAUCAGCGUCAGCUAGAACUCAACAAGAAAGAGCAAAUGAUUCAUGAAAUUGAAGAUAAAAUGAAUUCAUCAAAGACUUUGUCUAAUACAGGAAUGACAGGUUUCUUUAAUAAAAUGUUGGGUGAAAAGUCUAAAGAUUCCGCUGAUAUCAGAGAAAAAGCUAAAGAAUUGGUUUCUCAAAGAACCAAUAUCAAUGCAGAGCUGGAUGAGAAAGAAUCUGCGAGAGAGAAAGAGAGAAAAAUAAAGGAAGACAAAUAAAAAGGUUGCUAUACGCAAGGAAAUGGAGGAAAUACUCAAAGCUAAGUUAGGCAAAAAGGAGCCAACCCAAGGAGUUAAAAGAAAACAAAAAGAAGUUGAAAAGCUUAAAGAAGAGACACCAGAGGAGAAAAAAGAGAGGAUCAAAAAAGAAAGAGAAGAGAAAAUAAGGGCUGCAAAAGAGAGAUUGAAGAAAAGAAAAGAGAACAAAUAGA